AUCUUCAGAGAGGGAGGUCAGGGCACCCCUGCCUAGCACAGACGGCAGCGCUGGCUUCCGGCUCGGUGCCGCCUGUCCUCGGGGAGCUGUGGCCUCCCUGGGCCCCGGGGCUAGGCUGAGAAUGGAUUAUUUGCUCAUGAUUUUCUCUCUGCUGUUUGUGGCUUUCCAAGGAGCUCCAGAAACAGCGGUCUUAGGCGCUGAGCUCAGCACGGUGGGUGAGAACGGCGGGGAGAAACCCACUCCCAGCCCACCCUGGCGGCUCCGCCGGUCCAAGCGCUGCUCCUGCUCGUCCCUGAUGGAUAAAGAGUGUGUCUACUUCUGCCACUUGGACAUCAUUUGGGUCAACACUCCCGAGCACGUUGUUCCAUAUGGACUGGGAAGCCCUAGGUCCAAACGAGCCUUGGAGAAUUUACUUCCCACAAAGGCAACAGACCGUGAGAAUAGAUGCCAAUGUGCUAGCCAAAAAGACAAGAAGUGCUGGAAGUUUUGCCAAGCAGGAAAAGAACUCAGGGCCGAAGACACUAUGGAGAAAGCCUGGAAUAACCAUAAGAAAGGAAAAGACUGUCCCAAGCUUGGGAAAAAGUGUAUUUAUCAGCAGUUAGUGAGAGGAAGAAAAAUCGGAAGUUCAGAAGAACACCUAAGACAAACCAGGACGGAGACCAUGAGAAACAGUGUCAAAUCAUCUUUUCAUGAUCCCAGGCUGAAAGCCAAGCCCUCCAGAGAGCAUUAUGUGACCCACAACCGAGCACAUUGGUGACAGACCUUCGGGGCCUGUCUGAAGCCAUAGCCUCCACGGAGAGCCCUGUGGCCGACUCUGCACUCUCCACCCUGGCUGGGAUCAGAGCAGGAGCAUCCUCUCUGCUUGUUCCUGACUGGCAACGAACCAGCGUCCUCGUUCAAAACAUUCCAAGAAAGGUUGAGGAGUUCCCCCAAACUGUCUUCAUCGGCUUACAUCGGUGGUAACUUCUUUGGUCUCUUCUUUCAUCUGGGGAUGACAAUGGACCUCUCAGAAAGCAGAAACAGCACAGUGACAUUUGAAUUCGGGUGGCAUCCUCCAGAGAGAGGAAGGAGAUUCCAUACCAGGGUGGAGUUUCUGACGAAGGUCCUAAGGGAGUGUUUGUGUCUGACUCAGGCGCCUGGCACAUUUCAGGGAGAAACUCCAAAGUCCACGCAAAGAUUUUCUAAGGAAUGCACAAAUUGAAAACAUACUCAAAAGACAAACAUGCAAGUAAAAAGAAAAAAAAAAAAAGACUUUUGUUUAAAUUUGUAAAAUGCAAAACUGAAUGAAACUGUUACUGCCUUAAAUCAGGAUAUGUUUCAUGAAUAUGAGUCUACCUCACCUAUAUUGCACUCUGGCAGAAGUAUUUCCCACAUUUAAUUAUUGCCUCCUCAAACUCUUCCCACCCCUGCUGCCCCUUCCUCCGUUCCCCAUACUAAAUCCUAGCCUCGUAGAAGUCUGGUCUAAUGUGUCAGCAGUAGAUAUAAUAUUUUCAUGGUAAUCUACUAGCUCUGAUCCAUAAGAAAAAAAAAGAUCAUUAAAUCAGGAGAUUCCCUGUCCUUGAUUUUUGGAGACACAAUGGUAUAGGAUGGUUUAUGAAAUAUAUUGAAAAGUAAGUGUUUGUUAUGCUUUAAAGCAGUAAAAUUAUUUUCCUUUAUAUAACUGGCUAAUGAAAGAGGUUGGAUUGAAUUUUGACGUACUUAUUUUUUUAUAGAUAUUUAUAUUCAAACAAUUUAUUCCUUAUAUUUACCAUGUUAAAUAUCUGUUUGGGCAGGCCAUAUUGGUCUAUGUAUUUUUAAAAUAUGUAUUUCUAAAUGAAAUUGAGAACAUGCUUUGUUUUGCCUGUCAAGGUAAUGACUUUAGAAAAUAAAUAUUUUUUUUUCCUUACUGUA